UUUGAAUGGAAUGACGUUUUGGUGUUGAGAAAGAAAAGUCAAAAGUGAUCGCAUUUAUUACAUUGUAACUUUUUUCGUGCAAUUUUUAUUUGUCCUACCAACGAAAAUGUGUUUUAUAAAGUGAAAAAGUGAUAGUGAAAAGACUCGAUGAUGGUCUUGGGCCAUUCGUUAUCCAGUUAUCCUCCACAACAAACUGCUAAGACUCGGUUGUUCAGGUGCAAGUGCUUCGCGACGAAAGCUUCAAAGCGAUUUGAAGCUUUCGAGGCCGCGUUCAUGGAACUAUGAACCUUGAUUCGUUGUCCCUUACUUUGUCACAAAUCGGAUAUUUAGUUGUAACGUUAACGAAGAAAAACUGCAAGCAAGUCGCUGACGAACUCGUUAAGGCAGUCAACUUACACGGUUUAGAAGCGGAUCGUCACCUGUUCCAAUGUUUGUAUAACUCGGUGGACUUUGCGGAGAACUCAAGCACAAAGGCCCAAGUACUCUUAGAACAAAGCUGUCGAAUACUAAACACCCCCGCACUAUUAACCAUCAUCUGCUACAUAACCAAUCACCCAUUGAUCAACGAAAAAAACCUCAAAUUAGGCCCACAGUUUUUUGUACGGUUUAGCAAGUGCCUCCGACUAUCCUCUGUACAAGAGGUACUUUUUGCCCUUGUCCUUAGACACUCUUCUGUGCCAGAAAUCGCCAGUGCCGCUCACGCCCACCUCAGGACAGCUGUCCCCCAAAUAGUACGCUCUUAUAUUGACACAGGAGGCAGUGGCCGUCACUACGAAGGAGGCCUCCACGAAGCCAGCCCUGAACUUUUACAUUUUAUUGUCUCUUCAAUACUAGAGGCACCCAAAGAAGUUGGUCUCACAAACGACAUUCAUUCUACUUUUUUAAAUACUUUACAAAAAGGCUUCCCCAAAGAUCAACUACCUGUUGUGUUAGCCCCAUUAGUGUACCCCGAACAAUUUGAACUUUAUUCAGAAAUGUCUUCUGACGGAUCUGGGUUAUCUGCAGGGAUGAUAGAUACACCCCUUGCAGAUAUAGUCAAAGAUUUAUCUUACGGAUUUACAUCUAGUUUGGAAGAAUGUAGAAAUGCUAUAAUAAAAUUAGGUGGAAGGGAUAUAGCACCUUCUACUGUAGCCAGAGUUUUGGCUGUAAUGUGUCGCACCCCCAAUGGCUUAGAUGACAGUAUAGGCAAUUUCAAUAAUCAAGAGUCUAGAUCUGCUUGGAACACUGAAAUAUUUGUACAAUCCCUAAAAGAAGUUUCACCGUCCUUACAAUGGAACAACGUUGUAGGCGAAUUAGACCAUCCUGAAUUCCUAAUAAAAGACAGGACAGGAUUGUGUAUUCUAAUAGGCGCCCUGAGACAGGGCCUGCAAGCCUUGGGAUUUCAUCCUGACAACUUCCCGGUCGAAUAUUUCUACAAACGCUGGUCGAAUUUAGAAGGUCAGUUCAGCCUAAUACAACAGCUACUCAAAAAUCCCGACGUAUUUUGUUUCGGCGACUACCCUUGCGCCUCUGUAACUGUAGACGUCUUGAAAACGCCUCCCGAACAUGACGGCAAAGAACUGUCCAACUGGCGGUCGCUGAAUUUGAUUGAACUUUUGCUAAAUAUGUCUGAAAUUGGAUUGUAUAGUCCUGUUCAGGAGCUGUUCAAGGCGCCUAUGCACAGUUGCCCAGACGUACUGGUACUAGCCCUCCUGCAAAUAACCGGCCCGGUAACAAUGCUGAGGCAAGACUUACUGACAAACUUGAUCCCGAUUUUCCUGGGCAAUCAUCCCAAUUCUGGGAUCUUGUUACAUCACGCCUGGCACACUCAGAAUAUCAACGUCAAACCGGUGAUAAUGCACGCAAUGUCUGAAUGGUACACCAGAGGAGAGUGCGACCAGACGCGGUUAUCUAGGAUUCUAGAUGUUGCUCAGGAUUUGAAAGCUUUAUCGAUGCUUCUAAACGCCCAAUCUCCUCAGUCGUAUCCCUUUAUCAUAGACUUGGCUUGCUUGGCAUCCAGAAGGGAAUAUUUGAAAUUGGAAAAAUGGUUGUCUGAUAAAAUUAGUGAACACGGAGAGGCUUUUAUAUCGGCUUGCGUGAAAUUCUUGCACCGAAGGUGCCCGCCUAUGGGAAAAGAAGAUCCUCUCACCAAACCUGUGCCUUUGCCAGUCGAAACUCUCACCACACUGAUUUUAUGCUUACAACCUUGCAUGUCUAGCGUGAGCCCUGAAUGUCAAGAAGCCAUUAUUAACGUCCUCAACAAUUGCUCCAUGGUAUUGAAAUCCAGACAGCAAAGCAGCAAUGCUUUGAUGAGAAAUAGGGCUAUGGAUGCCGGGAUAAAUCCGUCGUUAUUCGCUGGGCAGCUUUAUAGCCAUGCAGGAGUUGAUAUACAAAAUUUGGGAAAUAGUUUAUCGAAUAUGACAUUGGCAGGGCCUAGUAAUAAUGCAUUCAAUCUUCAAGGAGGAUUGGGGCCAUUGGUGCAAUCUCCUGGAUCACCUUCUAGGUUACUUGGAGGUACAUCGAAUAGUCCUUUUCCGAUUAUACCUAUGCAGCAUCAGGGCCCUGUCGGCACUGGUUCUUCUCUAGUUCUCGGUGUCAACCAAAUUGGAAACUUAGGCCGGAUCGGUCCAGCAGCUAAUAUGGAAAAAUCACGAGUGCCAGAUUAUAAUUUGUUUCCUGAAGGAACCGGGCAUAUAACAAAAGAAAUUGAAGACGAAGCUAAUGUUUACUUCCAGAGGAUUUACAAUCAUCCGCCUCAUCCCACAUUGUCCAUCGAUGAAGUUUUAAAUAUGCUCAAACGUUUCCAGGACUCGCAGAGCAAAAGGGAAAAGGAAGUUUUCAACUGUAUGCUCAAAAGUUUGUUUGAGGAAUACAAAUUCUUUCCGCAAUAUCCGGACAAAGAGUUGUACGUAACCGCUCAACUUUUCGGCGGCAUCAUCGAACGCGGCAUCGUGGCCUCAUACGUGACAUUAGGACUUGCCUUGAGGUUUGUUUUGGAAGCCCUUAAGAAACCAGAAGGCUCCAAAAUGUAUUAUUUUGGUAUUGCUGCCUUGGACCGAUUCAAAAGCCGACUUAAAGAGUAUCAUAAAUAUUGUGAGCAUGUCAGAGGGAUUCCACAUUUUGGUGAUUUUCCACCCCACUUACAAGAAUACGUCGAAUAUGGACUUCAAGGUAUGGAACCGCCAACAAAACCAGAAGGUCCAGUAAUACCAGUUAGCUUAGCAGUCAUGGUAGUUCCACCUCCUGCCCAACUACCUACUUCCGCUCAAGUCUACAAAGGCAACCCACCGAGCGUUUCUAGUUCAAGUUCUAACAAAUCUAGUUCGACUACGACCACCUCUUUGGGAAGCAGACCUUCCAUAGCUAACGCUACUAACAUAGACACCUUAUUGGUGGCCACCGAAAAAGAAGAGAAAGCUAUCGCCCCUCCGGAAUCGCUACAAGACAAAAUAGCUUUUAUUUUCAACAACUUAAGCUUGCUUAAUUUGAAAUUGAAAUGUGACGAAUUACGCGAACACAUUUCCGACGAUUAUUAUCCGUGGUUGUCACAGUAUUUGGUUAUGAAGAGGGCUUCCAUUGAGGUGAAUUUUCAUAAUUUAUACUCGAAUUGCCUUGAUACGCUCAGUAUAAAUGAACUCUACAUUAUGGUUGUCAGAGAAACAUUCAGAAAUAUCCGUGUAUUAUUGAGGUCUGACAAAGCAAUAGCCAAUUUUUCUGACAGAUCCCUGUUGAAAAACCUUGGCCAUUGGUUGGGCUUACUUACUUUAAGCCGUAGCAGACCAAUUUUGCAACUCGAGUUAGACUUGAAGUCUUUAUUGGUAGAAGCUUACCAUAAAGGCCAGCAAGAGCUGCUUUACGUUGUGCCAUUUGUGGCUAAGGUGUUGGAGUCUUGUGCAAAAAGUAAAGCGUUCAAGCCUCCAAAUCCCUGGACUAUGGCAUUGAUGAGCGUGCUGGCAGAACUUCAUUCCGAAUCCGACUUGAAGUUGACUCUCAAAUUUGAAAUCGAGGUUCUGUGUAAAAACUUAGAAGUGGACGUUACUACGUUGAAACCAUCUGUUUACCUGAAAGAUCCCGAACGAAUUAAAAAAAUCGAAUUCCAGUUAUCGCAACCUAUCAAAAAGGAAUUGUCUCAAUCCUCUCACACGUCUCAGAGUGUGAAUAUGACUGAACCUGAAUUGGUUAACAUUAUACCUGCGCCAACCACUAGUUCGCCUGUUAUGCAAAAUAUGAGCACCACACCGACAUCUUCUAUACCGUUGUUGCCUGAACCUCGUUUCAGCUACAGCGAGAUACAAAUCAAUGGGAUGCAAGCUUUACAAUCGCACACGGUAAUUUCACCCAGUGCCGUUUUGUUCCAAUCUCAACCCCAACUGAAACCACUUGCUAAAACCGCUAUUGAACGGGCAAUCCAGGAGUGGAUUGUGCCGGUACUGGAACGUUCCAUCAAAAUUGCAGUUCAAACUUGCGAAAAUAUCAUCAGGAAGGAUUUCGCUUUGGAACCUGAUGAGGAACGAAUGCGUCUGGCAGCACAUCACAUGGUCAGAAACCUAACAGCUGGUAUGGCAAUGAUCACUUGCCGCGAUCAACUUUUAUCCUCAAUCAACACUCACAUGAAGCAAGUUUUAACUGCCAACUUACCCACACCGACGAUUCAACAAAAAGAAAUGAUGGAUCAGGCCGCAAACCUCGUGGCCCAAGACAAUAUGGAAUUAGCGUGUACGGUAGUGCAAAAAACUGCUGUUGAAAAGGCAAUCCCCGAAAUCGACAAAAGACUAGCUAGUGAAUAUGAGCUACGAAGAAUUGCCAGAAAAGAAGGAAGAUGUUAUUGUGAUGGCCAAGCUUUAACAUAUCAAGCCGAAAGAAUGCCCGAACCAAUAAGACUCAAAGUUGGUGGAGUAACUGCCAAUCAGAUGGCUGUAUACGAAGAAUUUGCCCGUAAUAUUCCAGGAUUUUUACCCAAUGAACGCGACGCUGCUAUUCUUAUGCAGAGCCAGACUUUAAAUAUUGAUCCUCAACCUCACCCAGCUACGCCAUUCCCCAUCAAUCCCGCGGUUCUGGCUAGCGACGAAAUAACUCUAGUAUUUGACAAGUUUAUUAUUGAAGUUGAGCAGUUUGUUCAGUUGACUAGCUCACAGGCUCAAUACUCUAUGAUGAACGCCAGUCUGAUUCGAGUCCGAGAUUGUUUGGUACACUUUUUGCGUACCAGAGAUGUUUCUCUGAGUCCUCCACAAACACUUGUUCAGAAAUGUGUGGAAUCUUUGCAAGACUGUUUGGUUCCAACUUUGAGCGACUCUGAUCCCGUUGUAUUGCGAUUCAAAGAACUUAUUGUUAAGAUAUUGAAGACCCUGCAAAAUAUCUUCAGUCAACAAUGGACUGGCAAGCUGGUCACUAGAUACUUAACGGAAUGCCGCGAGGAACAGCAAAGAUACAACUUUGACGCAGUAGAUACUUUAAUCAAAUCUGGAUUGGUUAAUGUUCAACAGUAUGACUUGAGUUUGGCUCAAUGUCUAGAGAACGGUUUCAAUUAUAUUGGAGUGACUUUUGCUAUUCAAUUAGUCGACCAUUAUCUCAUUAACAACAGAUCCGGUCAAUAUGUUAUGGAGAGUGACCUGAACACCAUUGUAGAUGUCCUGACCAAAAUCCACGCUCACAGCAGAACAGUCGCUCCCGAAGGUUUGGCCAGUUUGAUUGAAAUGUUGAGGCAACAAAAUCAGGACCCCUUAUAUUUUGGUGACAGAGUUCCAAUGGGACCCACCGUCCACAUUCAUACUGGCAUCUUACAGGUCAGAGCACCAAAUUAUGAAGACCCACCAGGUUUAAUGGAAAAAACCGAUUUCCUAUUACGUGAAUGGAUCACCAUCUACAAUAGUUCUCAGCACCAAGGCCGGGAUUCGACUAAAAACUUCAGCAUGUUCGUUCAUCAAAUGAACGUGCACGGAAUUCUGAAAACUGAUGAUCUGAUCACCAGAUUCUUCCGACUCUCAACUCAAUUGUGUGUGGAAACUUUUUACCGGGCAUUCUCGGACAAGUCCAACCCAAAUAACUUGUCCUUGGCAAGGCCAAAAUGCUACCACACUUUAGACGCUUUUGUGCGUUUGGUAGCUCUACUUGUGAAGCAUUCCGGAGAUUCUUCAAAUACUUCAACCAAAGUGCAGCUAUUGAAUAAAGUAUUGGGAAUUGUGGCCGGUUGUCUAUUGCAAGACCACGACAACAGGACUGUGGAUUUCCAUCAGAUGCCUUACCAGCGCAUUUUUACUAUGCUGUUCUUGGAACUCAACGCUCCAGAACCCGUCUUGGAAUCUCUUAAUUACCACGUUUUGACAGCUUACUGUCACACUUUCCAUAUUCUUAGACCAUCGAAGGCUGCAGGUUUCUGCUACGCUUGGCUUGAAUUGAUUUCACAUAGAGUUUUCAUCGGAAGAAUGCUAGCGACGGCUUCUCAGCAAAAAUGUUGGCCCCUCUACGCUCAACUGUUAAUUGACCUGUUCAAAUAUCUAGCGCCGUUUUUGCGCAAUGCCGAACUAGCAAAACCCGUGACGAUGUUGUACAAAGGCACUCUGAGAGUACUUUUAGUGCUUUUGCAUGAUUUUCCUGAAUUUUUAUGCGAUUACUACUAUGGUUUUUGCGACGUUAUACCUCCCAAUUGUAUUCAAAUGCGAAACCUAAUCUUGUCCGCUUUCCCGAGGACAAUGAGACUUCCCGACCCGUUUAUUCCCAACCUUAAAGUAGACAUGUUGCCCGAGAUUUCAUAUGCUCCGAGAAUCCUUUCGAAUAUCGCCCAAUUGAUUCAACCGACUACUUUCAAGAAGGAUUUGGAUUCUUAUUUGAAGGCCAGGGCACCAGUUACCUUUCUGUCCGAGUUGAGGAGCAAUUUGCAAGUGUCCAACGAACCGGGCAUUCGGUACAAUAUUUCAUUGAUGAAUGCGCUGGUUUUGUAUGUGGGUACGCAGGCGAUUGCUCACAUAAGAAACAAGGGUCAUUCCCCGAGUAUGUCAACAAUAGCUCACAGCGCCCACAUGGACAUUUUCCAAAACCUCACCGUAGAUCUUGACACUGAAGGAAGAUACCUUUUCUUCAACGCAAUGGCGAACCAGCUGAGAUAUCCCAACAGUCACACUCACUAUUUCUCAUGUACUUUCCUUUACCUAUUUGCCGAAGCCAACACCGAAGUAAUACAAGAACAAAUAACAAGAGUAUUAUUGGAAAGACUUAUUGUCAAUAGGCCGCAUCCCUGGGGGCUUUUAAUAACAUUUAUCGAACUGAUCAAGAAUCCCACCUACAAGUUUUGGCAGCAUCAGUUCGUACAUUGCGCUCCAGAAAUUGAAAAAUUGUUCGAGUCGGUGGCUCGUUCCUGCUUUGUGAAAACAUCGAUUCAGCAAGAAGGCGAGUUGCAAGAGUAGCCAUCAUUCUCAAUUCACAAUGCGAAGUUGUAUCAAUAUUUGUACCGGAUGAUUACGAAAAAGAUGCGUUUGAUUUAUUAGACUGUGGGGUGUAUCGUUUUGAUAUAUUUUGUAUAUAUAAUAAUAUGAUUUCAUUAUAAAAUG